UUGGGAGGGGUUGGAGGAAGAUAUAAAUGCUGAUAGCUGGAGACACAGAGCAACACUGAACUGGAGAGACUUAGGGGAAGAGGAAUCAGACACCAAACAUGAAUCUGAAACUUCUUUUUUGCCCUGGAUUCCUUCUGCUGCUUAUUGUCAGUCAAAACCAGGCAGGGGCCAGAUCCAUUUCCAGCUUUCAGAGUCUAUCCAAAUUGUUAGAUGAGGACCUGGAGCAUCCCCCAGCCUCAGAAGAGUGGGACCAUGAGCAGGAUGACCUGAUGCCAGCAGGUGGCUUUGACCAGCAAGACACUGAACUGCAGUGGACCCAAAGCACCAGGGAGCAGCCCAGGAGCAUCCCCAGGGGGGACGCUGCCAUCCGCAGAUUCCUCAGCGACCUCCUGAGCUCAUCCCGGAGAUACCAAGGCAGAAGGAAAAAGGGCCUCUCCAGGGGCUGUUUUGGUGUCAAACUAGACAGAAUUGGAUCACUGAGUGGACUAGGAUGCUGACUCUGCUGUGGUAAGAGAAAGCCAGAGGCUGCUGCUCUGUGUAUUCGUGUAUAACUUGCAGAAAUAUGCAAAAGAGCAGAGUUAUUUCAGCUUGAAGGAAAUGGUGCCUUAAAGUAAGUUUCACCUGUUACUAUGACAUUUUUAUGAAAAUCCUUUGCUAGGAUUUUUCUCUAAUUCUAGCUGAGAAACCUCAGAAAGAAAAUAUAAGCAAUAAAUACCUGAUGACUGUAGAAUGUAGUCUGGAAGUUGUUUACCAACAAGUGCAUCUUUGAUUGGUCUCACAUGAAUUGUUUCUACUUAAUAACCAACCAUAGUCCAGCUGCAUCGACUCUCUGAGAGUCACCAGCUUUUGUUAUGAAUUCAUUUCUAUUCCUUUCCAGCCU